CAUCAGACAUGCGGGUCUGAACACGCCUGCGGGUCCUGGUGUCCUCCAUGAGAUCGAGUCUGCGGGGAACCGGGGGCCGCAGCUCUGAGAGAUGCGAGUGAUCGUGAUUCAUCCGCACAGCUCGCUGCUUCCUUUCUCCCGACGCACGGAGGAGGGAGGGACGCGUCCCAAUCCGCACACCUGCCGCCUCCGUCACCCUGAGCGGUCCGACUCAGGAGCGCAGCUGCCGCUACGCCGUCAGUGUGCGAGCCACACCAGCUCCCCGGUGUUAAAGCAGUCAAUAUAAAGAUCUCUGUGAAGUGAGAGUCCUGGUAGUGUGGCAGGAGGAGCCCGGGUGGAGGAGGUGGCUUGUUCUGAAGUGGACGCGGCCGGGUCAGCUGACAGUCCGCUCCUGCCGCCGACAUCUUGCCUCCGACCGGAGGAGACAGGAGAGUCCGGGUUUCACGGUCAAACGUCCUAAUGGAGAGACUUCAGAGCCGGAGCGGAUCUCUGUGAGCAGCCCGGAGACUCAACAGCAUCUCUGUGGAGCGGCUCUGACUGACGGGCGUCAGCCAUGAUUGGUGGACUCUUUAUCUACAACCACAAGGGGGAGGUGUUGAUCUCCAGGGUGUACCGCGAUGACAUCGGGAGAAAUGCGGUGGACGCGUUCAGAGUUAACGUCAUCCACGCCAGGCAGCAGGUCCGCUCGCCGGUCACCAACAUCGCCCGGACCAGCUUCUUCCACGUCAAACGCUCCAACAUCUGGCUGGCGGCGGUCACCAAGCAGAACGUCAACGCCACCAUGGUGUUCGAGUUCCUUUACAAGAUGUGCGACGUCAUGUCCGCCUACUUCGGCAAGAUCAGCGAGGAGAACGUGAAGAACAACUUCGUCCUGAUCUACGAGCUGCUGGACGAGAUCUUGGACUUUGGUUACCCUCAGAACUCAGAGACUGGAGCUCUGAAGACCUUCAUCACUCAGCAGGGCAUCAAGAGUCAGCACCACACCAAAGAGGAGCAGUCUCAGAUCACCAGUCAGGUGACGGGGCAGAUCGGCUGGAGGAGAGAGGGAAUCAAGUACAGACGCAACGAACUCUUUCUGGACGUCCUGGAGAGCGUCAACCUGCUCAUGUCCCCGCAAGGUCAGGUGCUCAGCGCUCACGUCUCCGGCCGGGUGGUGAUGAAGAGCUACCUGAGCGGGAUGCCUGAGUGUAAAUUUGGGAUGAACGACAAGAUCGUCAUCGACAAGCAGGGAAAAGCAGGGAGCUCUGAGGACGGCGGCAAGAGCGGUAAACAGUCGAUAGCGAUCGACGACUGCACCUUCCACCAGUGUGUUCGCCUCAGUAAGUUCGACUCGGAGCGCAGCAUCAGCUUCAUCCCUCCAGACGGAGACUACGAGCUCAUGAGGUACCGGACCACCAAAGACAUCAUCCUGCCGUUCAGGGUCAUCCCUCUGGUCCGGGAGGUCGGUCGCACCAAGCUGGAGGUCAAAGUCGUCAUCAAGUCCAACUUCAAGUCGUCGCUGCUGGCUCAGAAGAUCGAGGUUCGGAUCCCCCACCCCCUGAACACCAGCGGGGUUCAGCUCAUCUGCAUGAAGGGAAAAGCAAAGUACAAAGCGAGCGAGAACGCCAUCGUCUGGAAGAUAAAGCGCAUGGCGGGGAUGAAGGAGUCUCAGAUCAGCGCAGAGAUCGAGCUGCUACCGACUAACGACAAGAAGAAGUGGGCUCGACCUCCGAUCUCCAUGAACUUUGAGGUGCCAUUCGCUCCGUCAGGUCUUAAGGUCCGGUACCUGAAGGUGUUCGAGCCGAAGUUGAACUACAGCGAUCAUGACGUCAUUAAAUGGGUUCGUUACAUCGGACGCAGCGGCAUCUACGAGACUCGCUGCUGACCCCUCCACCGCCGCUCCCGGGGCUGAUGGGAAGGAAUUGUUGUUGUUGUCCUCUACAGAUCUGUGUGUGUUUAUUCAGUACAAAGUUUAAUCCCCACUUAUUCCAAAUGUCAGACGCUCAGCCAAUCACAUUCCAGAAACAGCUCAGCUGGCUCAGAGCCCAGUGUACCUGACAGAAAGGAGACCUGGACUGCGUCCGAAAAGUCAAAAAAUCUUAAACCUUUCCUCGACCUCGAUGGAAAACGUCACGAGGUCAAGGAAAGAUGUGAAGGAGAAUCCAGAAGGACUCAGAGAAUCCGGCUGCUCAUUUCUAGGCAACGUAAAUAUGUGACAGCGGAUGUUACUGACGUGAUGAAACUACAAUGUUCUGAAGAUGGACUACAGAAAGCGCAUCUCUGACUCUGCGCCCCGUGUUGUUGUAAUGCAGGCCGUCUAAAGGUGGACAACACGGUGGAAUAUCAGCUUCAUAACCAAGAUAGCAAAAAGGCCUGUAGGUACCAGUCACCAAAUAAAGGACCGGGUCGUCAACCUCCUGUGAAUCCCAGUUAUUGUCUGUAAACAGUGUUUCCCACAGAAUGACAGCGUAACUGGGGCGAGAGAGAGAGAGAGCGAGCGAGCGAGAGGAGGUGCUGAGUGAAUAUAAGCGCUGCCCGCAGCUCUGUGAUCAGAAACGAUUUUACCCAUAGUCCAGUAACAAAAAUCAAUAUGUUGGCGUUCAGCUUUGAUAAUGCGAUCAACAAUCCUUUCCUUUGGUAACGGGUGGUCCGGUGUACCCUAUGCUAAAGGAGAUAUGAAAGGAAGCAUUGAGGCUCCUUUCCUCAGCUUUUAGAGAAUUAAACAGCUGAAUUACUUCCAGGUCACUUCACUCAGUCAGAACCUUCCUGAGCAAAAAAGACUUUUCGGACGCAGCCCUGGACUGAGAUAGACCAGGUUUUAACUAAUCAAGACCUUCUGGCUCGUAUGACGUCAGCAGACCCACAGAGACCUCCUUGUAGAACCAGUGCUGCUGCUGUUUUUAGAUUACAUGUGAGCAGCAGAGGGAGGACAAACCAGGAACCUCAGCUGCACCUGAAACCCAGACCUGAGCGUGGGUCCCACAGACGUUAGUUUAAUGAGCAGAUUGAGAGGAAACGCCACAAUAAGGAGCAGAGUGAAGUAGAAAUAAAAUGACCUGUUAGAAGAAGGGUAAUGUAGUAAUACCCCCCCCCCCCCCGACGCUCAGAGUGAGUCCUCCUGUCUUGUAGUAAGUCUGUGUGGUUACCCAGCAUGCCUCAGUCUCACUCUGUUUAAACACAUUUGCCUCAGUGUUUUUUUUAUUUUACUAAAAUUCUGAAUUCGUCUCUAGUAAAAAGUUGUUUUAUUUUAAUUUUUUACAGUUUUUGUACCCAGAUGCUGUGCGUACCUGUGAAUCUGAACCCUGUGUGUGAGCAGCUCAGUACUUCCUGUCAGACAGCGGUGUCUCUGUGCUGCCUGUCUCAAGUUAUUUUGCCAAAAUCUUUUGUUUUCUGAAUAAAAUCAAUGCGACUGAA